UGACGACAUCACGCUUGAGCGCUCCGUCCGGCGUGUGUUACAAGGAGGGUUUUUUACCUGCUGCACGGUUACAGAGAGAAAUGGCGAGCUGGUGUGUACGAGCGGUGAGACAGAGCUACUCUGUCGUUGCUUCACCUGCGCUGAUCAGAGCAUCUCCGAGGUUGUUAUGCACGGCCACGCAGCAGAAGAACGGUCAGGGACCAGAGGAGGAGGCCGAGAAGCCGGAGCUGAACUCAGCGGAGAAAGUCCUGAUGGAGGAGAAGACCCAGCUGGGGGAGCAGCUCAAGGAUAUGACGGAAAAGUACAAGCGGGCCUUAGCAGACACAGAGAACCUCAGGACGAGGAGUCAGAAGAUGAUGGAAGACGCUAAAUUAUACGGGAUACAAGGCUUCUGUAAAGACCUGCUGGAGGUGGCGGACAUCCUGGAGAAAGCCAUGGAGAGCGUCCCCAAAGAGGAGGUGACGGGCCAGAACCCUCACCUGAAGAACCUGUACGACGGCCUGGUGAUGACCGAAGUCCAGAUCCAGAAGGUGUUCACCAAACACGGCCUGGUCAAACUCAACCCCGAUGGCCAGAAGUUCGACCCCUACGAGCACGAGGCGCUCUUCCACGCGCCCGUCGAGGGCAAGGAGCCAGGCAGCGUCGCCGUGGUGACCAAAGUGGGCUACAAACUUCACGGUCGCACCCUCAGGCCGGCGUUGGUGGGCGUGGCCAAAGCCCCCUAGAAAUGAUCAUGUAACUUUGACAAAGUGAGAUUUGUUUGGUUGCCUUGGCGAUGGAGGAGCUCAGGUGCAGCAGACUGGUCAAGGCACCCUGUCCCACCUUUCCCCCCCCCACCACAUUUCCUUCCUUUCAUUGGCCCACCCUGAGGUGCCUCAGAGACACAGGACCCCAACUGAGCUGCACUUUGUAUCUGGACUAUCUCCACCAGUUUUUAAGAUGCAUAAUAACAUUUCAGCUGAGUCACUUCAGAGACAGAAGUAUAUAUAGAGUUUAUAAUAAAAUACUCGCCAUAUUCAGGUGCAGACACACACAUCGACCUAGAAGAGAAGCAGGUGAAAAAUGAAGUAUAAAAAAUCCAUCCACAAAUCAAAAAAACGGCUAAUUCUGACCUGCUGGUGUCAUUCCAGACUUUAGAUUCACACCUUCAUAAUCUUAAAUGUGACUUUUCAUGUUUGUGAGUUUAAAAAUGUAUCAUAUGAAUAAAGGCAGAACUGUACUUUGAAGAUCAGAAAAAAGGUCUGAGGUGUUACUUGGUACUGAGGUGGGCUUUCGUUUCACCACAGUGCAGCUCUGGACGAUGCUGUAAAAAGUCAUUAGCAUGUGUACAGACGGUAGUUUGAACCAUCACAGCAUCAGAAUAAAGUGACCAACUAUAAAAAG